AGAAAAUUUUAAAAAAAUUCCCCGUUGUUUGGUUCGAAAGAAAAUGAAAAGAGAAUACGUAAACAAAGUUCAAAACACCGGUACGUUUUCCCUUACUCGGCUCGUUCGAGUUGGGGGUCUUCCAGUUACUUCGAGUUCAUAAGUUUCUCGCUCCACCCACUUGCUAGAAUUGCAAGAUCCAAUUUUUUACGGUUCUUUUAUUCUUUAUUUCCUUCUGAUCACUGGAUUUUAGUUGGUGUAUUUUCGGGUUCGUUGGCUCUUGAAUGAUAUGUGAGUUCUGUAUUGAUGAGUUCCGGGUUUUUGUUUAAAUGCCUCACAUAAAUGGUGAAUCCUCUUUCUACGUCAUUUGACUUCUCAUAAUCAUCAACAAUGAUUAAAACCUUGGAACCCCAGUUGCAUUUUGCCGUUUCCCAUGUCAAACCCUGCAUCCAAUUAGCUCCGAACCCAAAUUACUUCAAAACUGAACAGUCAAGCAAUGACUAUAUAAGCUCCUUGUGCAAGCAAAGCCUUUUCAAACAAGCCCUUGAGGUAUUUGACUCUCUCCAAAAAGACACAAACUUUGGUGUAAAGCCCAGUACUUAUGCCCAUUUGAUAUCUGCAUGUGCUUCUCUGAGAUCUGUAGAGCAUGGAAGAAAAGUUCAUCACCAUAUUCUUGCAAAUAGCUUUAAGCAAGACAUGAUUUUGCAGAAUCAUGUUCUGAAUAUGUUUGGGAAAUGUGGGGCAUUGAAGGAUGCUCGGAAGGUUUUCGACGGAAUGCCCGAGAGAAACGUAGUUUCUUGGACUUCAGUAAUUGCUGGGUACACGCAGCAUGGUCAAGAAAGUGACGCAGUAAAGCUGUUUUUGACAAUGCGACAAAGGGAUGUUAUGCCGGAUCAGUUUACCUUUGGGAAUGUAAUAAGAGCUUGCUCAAGUUUGAGCUCCAUUGAGCUAGGGAGGCAGUUACAUGCCCUUGUUGUUAAAUCCGAAUGUGGGUCAUACCUUAUUGCGCAAAAUGCUUUGAUUGCAAUGUACAUGAAAUUCGGCCAAACUUCUGAUGCAUUGGGUGUGUUUUCUGGGAUUGCUUUAAAGGAUUUAAUUUCAUGGAGUUCAAUGAUUGCAGGGUUUUCACAACUGGGUUACGAGUUAGAUGCAUUGGACCACUUUAAGGAAAUGCUCACUCAUGGUGUUUACCAACCAAAUGAAUUUGUUUUUGGUAGUGCCUUUAGUGCGUGCAGCAAUCUCCUGCAACCAGAAUAUGGAAGGCAGAUACAUGGAAUAAGUGUGAAAUUUGGGAUAGGAAGAGAUACCUUUGCAAUUUGCUCCCUUAGUGAUAUGUAUGCAAAAUGUGGUCUGUUGUGUUCUGCAAAAACAGCUUUCUCGCAAAUAGAUAGGCCAGAUUUAGUAUCAUGGAAUGCAAUCAUUGCGGGGUUUGCUUACAGUGGUCACAUUGAUGAGGCCAUGUCGUUGUUUUCUCAGAUGAGACAUCUGGCAUGGAGCCCAGAUGAUAUCACAGUUCGCUCCCUUCUUUCUGCAUGCACAAGCCCGGUUACCCUAAAUCAAGGUAUGCAAAUAUAUUCCUACAUCAUUAAAGUAGGUUUAGAUUUAGAUGUAGCGGUUUCCAACACUUUACUUUCUAUGUGUGCAAAGUGUUCAGAUCUUUGUGCUACAUUUAAAAUGUUCUACGAGAUGAGAAGGAAUGCCGAUUCAGUUUCUUGGAAUACUAUUUUUACUGCGUGUAUGCAGCACAACCAGGCUGGUGAAGUCUUUUCAUUAUUCAAAAUGAUGCUGCAAUCUCAAAAUAAGCCCGAUUAUAUUAGUUUAGCCAAUGUACUCGGAGCUUGUGGAGAAAUAGCUUCUCUGGAAACGGGGAAUCAAGCUCAUUGCUUUGCUAUGAAAACUGGGCUCAAGCUUGAAGCCUCUGUCACUAAUGGACUGAUUGACAUGUAUAUGAAGUGCGGCUCCCUUGGAAGUUCUUCAAAGCUCUUUGAUUCCAUUGAAAGUCCAGAUGUUGUUUCCUGGAGUAGUUUAGUUGUGGGUUAUGCUCAGUUUGGGUAUGGAGAAGAAGCUCUUAAGCUCUUUGUAAAAAUGACAAGUUCUGGUAUCAGGCCAAAUCAAGUCACAUUUAUUGGGGUUCUAACUGCUUGCAGUCAUGUUGGACGGGUAGAAGAGGGUGUGCACUUGUACAAUACCAUGAAAACUGAUCAUGGGAUUGCACCUACAAGAGAACAUUGUUCAUGUGUGGUUGAUUUGCUCUCUCGCGCUGGGCGUAUCAAUGAAGCGGAAGCUUUUGUCAAUCAAAUGGAAUUUGAACCUGAUAUAGUGAUAUGGAAGACUCUGCUAGCUGCUUCUAUGAAAUACAAUAAUGCCGAGGUUGGAAAACGAGCUGCUGAAAAUAUUCUGAAGAUUGAUUCCUCAAAUUCUUCCGCUCACGUAUUACUUUGCAACAUAUAUGCUUCUGAAAACAGUUGGACAGAUGUUGCCAGAGUACGGAGUUUGAUGAAACAAAGGAACGUCAAGAAAGUUCCUGGUCAGAGUUGGAUUGAAGUUAAAGAGAGCAGCCAUGUUUUCGUCUCAGAAGAUAGUUUGCAUCCCGAAAGGGACAAGAUAUAUUUAAUCGUUGAAGAAUUGCGGUUGCAAAUGCUGGAUAUUGUCCAAUCAGAGACAAGCUCCAUCAAUGAAUAGUGGUGUGGCUAAAUUAGCAAUUACAGGACCUUCAGGUUCUACAUCACACCUUCAUAAGAUUCUAGUGAUCAUGGAUAUGUGUUGUGUGUGUUGCGGGAACAGUACGCUUUGGUUAACGGCGAACGUUUGUCUUCCGCAUAUUCACGACAAUCUGCUUCAGUCAUCUUGCAGAAGACUUCAGAGUAUAACUCUGAUGUUUUUUAAGAACUUUAUUUUGAGAGAUUCCUUCGGAGGUAACAAGAGGACUAGAGUACGAUAUUUAGGUUGAGUCCAACCAGCUAUCUCCAUGCCCAUAAUGACAUUGGAGGGUUCAAAAUCACCGGUGUGGGCAUGUUGAGAGACACCCACAAAUCACAAGGACAACAAAAGAUACAAACACUCAGAGGGUUAUGCAAAGAAAAAUCUGCGAAUGGAUGCAGGGGAGAUCAGUCAGCUAUGCUCUGUAGAGCUUGCUAAUAUUUGUCCAAAAACAACCAAAACCCGACACUGUUUUCGCUAGAGUGAAGCAAUUUCCUCUUUCUUAUUCA